UUUAAAUUAAUUGCUUUGGAUAGUAUUUUCAGGUUCAUGUAUGGAUAAUAUCAUUAUAAUUAUCAGAGUUGCAUAGCUGGUAAUAGAGUAGUGACAGGUGCCUAAUCCUUUUGGUUCUGAACAAUCAGUGAUUGCAAUGGGGCUUGGUUCACGAGGAUCACGUUCAUCCUCAUCUGAGGUAAUUCAGGUUCACAUGUGUAUUGGGUUCUUAGUGAGACUGUUUUUUGUCAUAUAUGGGGAGCACCAUGAUCAGGCUAGCAUCCUCAAGUAUACUGAUGUAGACUACCAUGUGUUCACUGAUGCAGCGCGGGAGGUGCUGGAAGGUGGGUCCCCGUUUGAUCGACACACAUACCGAUACACCCCCUUUCUUGCUUGGCUCUUGAUGCCAAACAUACAACUGAAUUUUGCAUUUGGAAAACUGCUUUUUUCUAUUUUAGAUUGUUUUGCUUCUCGCUUGAUUUAUGAAAUUCUAAUUCUAGAUGGUCAGAGUAAGAUAACUGCUCUAAAAUGUUGCUUCUUGUGGUUGUACAAUCCUUUGGUGAUAGGGGUUUCAACUCGAGGAAGUGCAGAAUCUAUCAUGGCAGUGCUGGUCUUGUUGACUCUUUAUAUGAUGAAAAUGAGGCUUCAUAUUUUAUCUGGGAUCUUUCUAGGUGCUGCAGUUCAUUUUAAGCUGUAUCCAAUAAUUUAUAGUCUUCCUCUUUAUUUAUCUUUAUCCCAUAGUAAUCAAAAAGUAGUUGGUUGGAAACUCUUCCUACCCAACUAUAUAAAAAUGAGAUUGGUGUGUGGCACAGUUUUGGCAUUUAUUGGCCUCACAGGGAUGGGAUUUGCCCUCUAUGGGGAACAAUAUAUUGAAGAAGCUUUUCUAUACCACUUCUCUAGGACAGAUACAAGGCAUAAUUUCUCUGUGUACUUUUAUCUGCUUUAUAUUGGGGCAGACUUCCACAUCCCAGGUUUGAGUCUUGCUACAUUUGGCCCUCAGCUAGUACUAGUGCUGGCUCUUGGAUUCAAAUUCAGGAAUUACUUUGAUGUACCAUUUGCACUCUUUACCCAAACAGUUGUGUUUGUCACAUUUAACAAGGUUGUGACAUCUCAGUAUUUCAUGUGGUAUCUCAUGCUUUUACCCUUAGUGGUUCCAAGGCUCAAUAUAUCUUGGCAGAAAGCAGUGGUGCUUGCCUCACUCUGGGUAGGGGCACAAGUUUCCUGGCUCCUUCCAGCAUACUUACUCGAGUUCCAUGGAAUUAAUGCAUUUGUUCCUAUAUGGUUGGAAGGUAUUGCUUUCUUCUGCUGUAAUGUCGGAGUGUUAAUGGCACUGUUGUCAAGCUACCACUCUCACACUCAACCACAUCAUCAUAGCACCAGGAAAAAUAGGUAGAAAGCCUGCCUAACAUUGUAUUGUUACAAUUUUAUUAUUCACAUGUUAAAAGAAGGAUUAUUAUUUCAUAUUUAUGUCAGAUGUAGAUUCUGUCAGUCUUACAAAAGGUCAAAUGUAUAGCAAAAGGUUUAUUGCAUUUCUUUUAUUAACCUACAUUGAUAUUAGUAAAACAAAAUAAAUAUUAAACUAAUAGGUAACUUAACCAUAUACACCACUCUUAAGUUUUGAAAAUUGUUUUUCUUUUAACGAAUCUUCCCUCACUCAACCAAGUUUCUUGUUCCUCAUCAUUCAAAGCACUAUUUUGCCUGGUGUCAGGAAAGAAGGUUUAAGCCCCGUGCACACUACCACUCCCCACUGUUGGCACCUACUGGCAAGUUUCACUGAUUAGCAGUGCCGUUGUCAGUGUUUGCUUGCUGACCUCCUGUUCACACUCAGUUUCGAGGGAUGAACACUUGAUUAAACUGGAAGCACCAGUGGUGGUGAGUGGUAGUGUGUAUAGGGGUCAAAAUGAACUUUUUAAAAAGAAGAGGUAGUCUUUAAUGCCAUCCAUAGAAUAACUAAAUUCUACCUUCUCUUUUUCAUUUAAGUUACAGUAGUGGUUCAUGUCGGUAACCUUAAAGAACUCUCGAGUCAGUUGAUGGACUAAUCAUGGAAAAGACAUACUGUAUUAUGACUGUGUGACAGUAAAUGUAACUUUAAAAAUGUUAUGCUUUAUGUUAGUAUGAGAAAUUGGUUCAUUAUUUCUAUGCUAAUGUUACAUGACCUCCACCCAUUGCAACUCCGUGUAUUCUCAAAUUUGUUUUAGAUGCAUAGAUAAAGUAAACAAUGUAGCUCAUCCUCUGGCACUGCUAUCUUGCCAAUUUGCUUCAUUUAGAAACUGAAAUGAUUUAAAGUAGAAACCUAUAGUAAAUAGAUCAUUUUUUGUGUGUUUGUUAUUGCUCUGUACAUAGCUCAGCUGUCAUAGGUACAUGAACAUAUUCUAUGUUCUAAGAUGUGUAAUUAUUGAUAAAUAAAUGAAAGGAAUGAA